GUGGAAUACUCAUUUUUUAAUUUUAAAGUGUAUCGAUUUUUUGUUCAAAAUAUUUAAACAACACCAAACCAAUUCGCAAGUGACAGCUAUGACGUCAUGACCUUUGACAGUGACACUUGAAGCUGUAGUGUUUCCAACUGUAUUGUCGAUCGCAAAAUAUGAAAGACUGAAAAAUGUUUUUUUUAUGAGACAUUUUGAAAACUCAUUUACAUUUGAAAAUUAUCAAAUCAAUCAAACUCACGGUAUGCUGCUUAUAACAGUUUACCUUUCGCCCAUGGUCGUAUUAGAUUUUGAAUGUUUAUGACCAAAAAAAAAAAGAUUGUCAGUGUCGUAAACCAUAAAGAAGAACAUAAAAAUGACAAAUAAAACGUUAACCUCAACCUCGUACAAAACAAACUUGUGUUGUGUUUACGAUUCCUUAAACAAUUUUUCCAAAAUCACAUAUUCGAAAAAUAGAUAAAUCAUGUCGAAAAGAGAAUAUGACACCGCAUUUUUGAGCAGUAAACGCACGGACCCAAGAAGAGAAAGAGUGAAAAAACACACCUUGGACAGUGAUGAAGAGGACAAUGUUGAUGAAGAUAAUGUCUUGGAUACCGACGAUAUUGAGGGUGAAGAAGAAGGAGUGGACAGACAGGAGGGUGAACAGAAGAUGACUGCUUUCAAUAUGAAGGAAGAAAUGGAAGAAGGUCACUUUGAUAAGGAGGGACAUUUCAUUUGGAAGAACGAAAAGGAGAUCAGGGACAAUUGGUUGGAUAAUAUUGAUUGGCAGAAGAUCAAGUCCACUCCUGGAGCAAAAGAGAAGUACGGCGUAGAUGAGAGUGGCUUGGGAGAUGAGUCAGACUCGGAAUCAGAACCUGAAGAAGAAUUUGACGAAAUAGGAGCAUACAAAAAGAUGCUGAACUACAUGAAACCGAAAGAAACUGUAAAUAAAGCUCUGAAGAGACUUGGUGGGGCUGAUAUGAAGCUUUCUAGUGUGGAAAGACUGAGGCGUAAAAAAGCAGGAACCCUCCAGGAUAACAAAGAAGUAACAGAAUUGACAGAACUAGCCAACCAGAUAUUAACAAAACUAGGCAACAUGGACAUCUAUCAAGAAACUUACGAGCAAAUAAAGGCAAAAGUCGAUAGGAGCGAGAUGAAAAACAAAAGUGUGGCUAAAGAAGCUGAACUUGACAUGUAUGCGGAUGAUUUUGAUGUUAAAGAGAAAGAAAAGAUCACACAAGGGCCAUCAUCAAGUACAGGAGAAAAACCACAAACUGAAACAUCAGAUCAAGCAGAGCCUGAAACUAAAGUGUUGAAGUGGGAGUUCAAAUGGAAGAUAGAGGACACUGAAGUUCAAGGACCAUACUCUACAGCACAGAUGGUGAAAUGGGCCAAAGAAAAGUAUUUCAAAGAUGGAGUUAUGGUUCGGAAGUGUGGGGAAAAUUCCAACUUUUACACUUCUAAUAGGAUAGAUUUUGAAUUAUAUGAGUAGACUGUUUCCACUUUGUAUAAUCACAUAUUUUUGCCACAAUUUAUUUACUUUCCAUGUGUAUGUUAAAUAUUUACAUAUAAAUAGACGGGUUAUUCAUUUGUCGCAUCACUUCAUUUUGUUUCCCAGAGUUUUGUGUAAAUCAAUGUUAAUGUAUGCAUAAAUGUAAUACAUUAUUCAAAACAACUGUACCUCCUGUAACAGCGGAACGGGACGUCUAUGUCAGCGUGAACUUGGCAACGUCGGAGUUUGACACCUUACGCCUAUUGAUUGACGUAUUAUUUUCCCCUCUUCUCUUGUCACUAUAUAUCAGAGAACAGCUAAUUGAAAUAUAAGUAAUAUUCCAGUAUUUAUUUUUCGGAAAUUUCUUUUUGGCGAAAAGGUCGUGUUACCCUUGUAGGUUAAGGUAUAAAAUUAUUUUCCACACGCUCUUAAAAGAAAAUUUUGAUCAUGGCUUCUGAAGCUACUGCAGGAAAGCCCAUCACAUGCAAAGCUGCUGUAGCAUGGGGUCCAAAGAAAGAUCUGAAGAUGGAAACCAUUGAAGUCGCUCCACCAAAUGCUCAUGAAGUAAGAAUCAAGAUUCUUUUCACUGCUGUGUGUCAUACUGAUGCUUAUACUCUGAGUGGUCAAGAUCCAGAAGGAAUUUUUCCUGUUAUUUUGGGUCAUGAAGGUGCUGGAAUUGUUGAGAGUGUUGGAGAGGGUGUCACCAAUGUUAAAACAGGAGAUCAUGUGAUUCCCCUUUAUGUACCGCAAUGUGGAGAAUGCAAAUUUUGCAAAUCUCCAAAAACAAACCUGUGCCAGAAAAUUCGUACUACCCAAGGAAAAGGAGUAAUGCCUGAUGGCACAUCAAGAUUUACUUGUAAAGGGAAAACAUUAUACCACUUCAUGGGAUGUUCUACCUUCACUGAAUACACAGUUGUAGCUGAUAUCUCUGUUGCUGCGAUCCAUCCCAGUGCUCCAUUGGAAAAGGUAUGCCUGCUAGGUUGUGGAGUACCAACCGGUUAUGGUGCUGCCCUGAACACAGCUAAAGUAGAGAAAGGCUCAACUUGUGCUGUAUGGGGCUUGGGAGCAGUUGGUCUUGCAGUUGGACUUGGCUGUCAAGUAGCAGGAGCAAAAAGAAUAAUUGGAGUCGAUGUGAACCCGGCCAAGUUUGAGAUAGCAAAGAAAUUUGGCUUCACCGAAUUCGUCAACCCCAAGGACUACGAGAAACCGAUUCAAGAAGUGAUGGUCGAUUUGACAGACGGUGGCCCGGACUUCACCUUCGAAUGCGUCGGAAACGUCAACACCAUGCGCGCGGCCCUCGAGUCGUGCCACAAAGGUUGGGGAGUUUCGACCAUUGUCGGAGUUGCCGGCGCCGGUCAAGAAAUCUCUACCAGGCCAUUCCAGUUGGUGACGGGACGUGUUUGGAAGGGAACUGCUUUUGGAGGAUGGAAAAGUCGUGACAGCGUGCCAAAACUAGUCGAGGAAUAUCUGCUCAACAAACUGAAGUUGGAUGACUUUAUUUCGCAUCAAUUGAAGUUUGAGCAACUGAAUGAAGCUUUCCAUCUUAUGCAUAAAGGAGAAAGGUGAGAUAGUCUCCUUAGAAACUCCUCAAACUCUCGUCCCUGACCCAUUUCUCUUAUUCUGGUCAAUGUGUUCUUAGAAAAAAUUUGGAAUAAUUCUUGAAGUUUUAUUGGACAGGACAAGGGACAACCACACUCAUAAAUCAUUUUGGAAAGUUUACUUCAUUUUUUCUCAAUUUGGGAGAACAUCGCAAAAUUAUUAGUGCUUGUAAAUAUGCAUAAGUGGUACAAUUCUGUUUAAAUUUUUCACUGUAGCGAUAGCGACAGGGAUAGAUAGCUUUUUGAAAAACAUACCAUACGAUUUUUGCAUAUUUUAUCUACAUGGUAUAUAUUACUUUUUUAUUUUUUUGCAGCAUCCGUACUGUAUUACCUGUAAGUACAUGAAAAAUGCCUUAGCAAACAGGACCAUUGUAUUAAUUAUAACCAAAAUUCUGUUCAAAACAGAAAAAAUGUGAGAAAUGAAUAAAGAAUAUUUUGAUACUCGACA